CAUCUCCGUCCUUCCCCAAAUGCAAUGAGCGGAGAAGAGGAAACCCCCACAAAGCCGGGGGCCCCAUCCGUGACAGCUGACCACUUGACCUAGCCUUGCAAUCUGGGGAGCGACAAGUGCUUUGACGGCAGACUACCAUGGCGAUUGGAAGACUAUCGACGGGCGGUCAGCGCCCGCCAUGGACGGCGCCGGGGGCCUGGUGAUGGAGGGGGGGACUAGCUGGAACUGGAAGAUGGCGCCCACCGCCGCUGCUGCCGGCGACCUGGUGCCUGUUACGCGCUCGCUCCCCCAACACGGGCCGUUCCCGUGCCCAUGUUUCCCCGUCGAGAAUCAUGGCGGAAUGCUGGAGGAGGCCGCGCGAAGCACAAGUGAAGGCGGACAAAAAAAAGGGGGGGGGGCGAGGGCACACGUGCUCUUGAGCUAAAUGUUUACGAGUGGAAACAUGGGUGUUUCACAGCCUUGCCCUCGUCUCUCGCCCUUUUCUUCGGGCCCUUCCCGCACGGGAGUUUGAUCCGAACCCCUUUUCUGGACUGGC